AUGGCCUCGAUCUUCCGGAGCGAGGAGAUGAACCUGAUGCAGCUCUUCCUGCAAGUGGAGGCUGCCUACUGCUGCGUGGCCGAGCUCGGCGAGCUGGGUCUAGUCCAGUUCAGAGAUCUGAAUGUGAAUGUCAACAGCUUCCAGAGAAAGUUUGUGAAUGAAGUGAGAAGGUGUGAAUCCUUGGAGAGGAUCAUACGUUUUCUGGAAAAUCAUAUGGGAGACAGUGUUGAAAUGGUCAAACUAGAAAAGUACCCAGAGACCCCUCUGCCUCGGGAAAUGAUUGAUAUGGAGACGGUGCUGAAGAAACUUGAAGCCGAGCUCCUGGAAGCCAACCAGAACCAGCAAACACUGAAGCAGAACUUCUUCGAGCUGAUGGAGCUGAAACAUCUGCUGAAAAAAACUCAGGACUUUUUUGAGGCAGAAACCAAUCUGCCAGAUGAUUUCUUCAGUGAAGACACAUCUGGACUGCUGGAGCUGAAAAGCACUCCUGCUACAGGUGCCAAGCUGGGAUUCACAGCAGGGGUAAUAAAGAGGGAAAGGAUGAUACAUUUUGAGCGUGUACUGUGGCGAGCCUGCAGGGGAAAUAUCUACCUGAGGUACACCGAAAUGGAUACCCUCCUGGAAGACCCUGUGAAAAGAGAAGAGGUGAAGAAGAACGUGUUCAUUAUCUUCUAUCAAGGAGAGCAGCUUAAGCAAAAAAUCAAGAAGAUUUGUGAUGGAUUUCAUGCCACAGUCUAUCCCUGUCCGGAGUCUGUCACCGAGCGCCGAGAAAUGCUUGAUGGGGUCAACACAAGGAUCGAGGAUUUAAACACAGUGAUAGCCCAAACUGAGUCCCAUCGCCAGCAACUGCUGCAUGAGGCAGCAGAAAAUUUGUGGUCCUGGAGGAUCAAGGUGAAGAAAAUCAAGGCCAUCUACCACAUCUUGAAUUGCUGUAACAUUGACGUCACCCGGCAGUGCGUCAUUGCAGAGAUCUGGUUCCCAGUGGCUGAUGCUAGCCGGAUAAAAAGAGCUCUUCAGCAGGGAAUGGAGCGCAGUGGCUCUACUAUUGCUCCUAUCCUUACUGCUAUACAUACCAGGAUGGCACCACCUACCUUCAACAGGACCAAUAAGUUCACAGCAGGAUUUCAGGACAUUGUGGAUGCAUAUGGUGUGGGCAACUACAAAGAAAUUAACCCAGCUCCAUACACUAUCAUUACCUUCCCCUUCUUGUUUGCGGUGAUGUUUGGGGAUUGUGGCCAUGGCGCUAUCAUGCUGGGCUUUGCACUCUGGAUGGUCAUUAAUGAAAAGAGCCUUCUGGCCCAGAAAAGCGCUAAUGAGAUCUGGAACACCUUUUUUAAUGGGCGCUACCUGAUCCUGCUCAUGGGCAUAUUCUCCAUAUACACUGGCUUCAUCUACAAUGAAUGCUUCUCCAAAUCGUUCAACAUCUUUGGCUCUUCCUGGCAUAUCAUCCCCAUGUUUAAAAAUAACACUUGGAACAAGGAUGUGCUUCUGGGCAAUCUGGUGCUGCAGCUGGAUCCGGCAGUCCCAGGAGUCUACUCUGGAAAUCCAUAUCCAUUUGGAAUAGAUCCGAUCUGGAGUCUUGCAUCAAACAAGCUGACUUUCCUGAACUCCUACAAAAUGAAGAUGUCGGUUGUCGUAGGGAUAGUGCACAUGAUUUUUGGGGUGAUACUCAGUCUCUUCAAUCACAUCUACUUCAAGAAACACAUAAACAUUAUCCUUCAGUUCAUUCCAGAGAUGAUUUUUAUUGUCUCUCUUUUUGGCUACCUAGUCUUCAUGAUUAUUUUCAAAUGGUGCCAUUUUGAUGUCUACUCAUCCCAGAGUGCACCAAGCAUCCUCAUCCACUUCAUCAAUAUGUUUCUGUUCAACUACAGUGAGACUUCAAAUGCUCAAUUAUAUCUGCAUCAGAAAGAAGUGCAGAGCUUCUUGGUCAUACUUGCUCUGAUUGCUGUUCCUUGGAUGCUGCUAAUUAAGCCUUUCAUCCUCCGAGCCAACCACCAGAAAGCACAGCGCAUGAUGCGGUCUCAAGCUGUCUCAGGAAAACCUGGAGGUGAAAAUGAGAUAGAUGUCCCAGAGACUAAUAAUUCCAAGAAAGCUUCCCAGGGAGACCACAGUGGUGGCCAUGGAGGACAUGAAGAUGGUGAUGAAGAGUUCAAUUUUGGAGACAUAUUUGUCCACCAAGCUAUCCAUACCAUUGAAUACUGCCUCGGCUGCAUCUCCAACACAGCAUCCUACUUGCGGCUCUGGGCACUGAGCUUAGCCCAUGCACAACUGUCAGAGGUCCUUUGGACCAUGGUGAUGCACAGCGGGUUAAGCAACAGCAGCUGGGCUGGCUUUGUCAUCAUCUUCAUCAUCUUUGCGGCAUUUGCAGUGCUGACGGUGGCCAUCCUGCUGGUCAUGGAGGGGCUCUCAGCCUUUCUGCAUGCCUUGCGUCUGCACUGGGUGGAGUUCCAAAACAAGUUCUACAUGGGAGCUGGGUACAAAUUUUCUCCAUUCUCCUUCAAGCACAUCAUCAGUGGCACCGCAGAAGAGUGA